AUGGAUGCAACUGAACAAAUGCAAAUUUUUAUGAAUGGCCUUAGAAUGAAGACUAAGCAACUCAUAGACACAGCUGCCGAUGGCUCAACAAAUUUUACAACAGCCACUGGAAUAAAGAAAAUCAUUGAAGCCAUUGCAGCAAAUGAGCAUCUGGAGCUCUAUGACCGCAGUGUAAGUCAACCUGAAGGUAUCAUUGAUCUCAAGCUAGCAAAUAAAGUUGUGAAGAUGGAAGAUCAAAUAACAGCUGAAGUAGAGAGAAGAACCAAGAAAAUGGCUCUUGACACUCAAACGGUGGCAAAAGUUCAACCGAUUCAACCUAUUCAAGCAGUAGAAGAGAUUAAUUUUUUGAAGCAGAACAACCCGUACUCUAAUACGUAUAAUCCUGGAUGGAAAAAUCAUCCAAAUUUCUCCUGGAAGGACCAGCAAGGAAAUGCUCAGAACCAAGCGCCCAACCAAUAUCAAAGCCAACCACAACAGCAGUAUCGACUACAACAACAACAACCUUACCAGCAACAGUUUCACCAAUCCCAACAACAAUUUCAACAACAAGUCCCAAGAAAAGCAGAUUGGCAAAUUGCCAUUGAAAAAAUGGUCGCUCAAGGUUCACAAUUUCAAGAGGAGACUAGAAGUAAUCUGAGAAACACCGGUGCUUCAAUAAAGAAUCUGGAAGUGCAAAUGAGUCAGAUGGCUCAACAACUCGUGGGUUCUCAAGCACCGGGUGAAUUACCGAGUGCUAAAGUUACAAAUUCACGAGAGCAUAAUAAUGUGAGUGUUGUAACCACAAGGAGUGGUAAAUCGAAAGAAGUCCCCGAGAAAGAUGAUGACCAAGAAGACCAAUUGCUUGAAGUUGAGUUGGAAAUAAAAGAAAAUGAGGUUGUGAGUGAAGAAGUGGUAGUGCCUAAACUGAUGGUUAAAGAAAAAGUUAGUGAAUCGAAGCCGGUUGUCAAACUCCCUUUCCCCACAAGAAAUAAGAUGAAAGAGAAACAUGAGAAGAACUUCGAGAAAUUCUUGGAGAUGUUCAAAAAGCUUGAGAUUAACAUUUCGUUCUUGGAGGCACUUGAACAAAUGCCCUCUUAUGCCAAAUUUACGAAAGAUAUUAUUUUAAAAAAGAGGAGCACCGAUACUGACCCUAUUGUACUAACCGAAACAUGUAGUGCAAUUUUGCAGGGUAUGAAGAUUCCGGUGAAGAAAAAAGAUCGAGGCUCAGUAACUAUCCCUUGCACCAUUGGGGAUAGAUCUUUCAAAAAGGCCCUCAUAGACUUGGGGGCUAGUAAACCGUAUGGAGUGGUGGAAGAUGUUCUUGUGAAGAUUGAUAAGUUUGUAUUUCCGGUGGACUUUGUCAUCCUAGAAAUGUCGGAAGAUGAAGAGAUACCACUCAUCCUUGGUAGACUAUUUUUGGAGACCGGAAGAUGUUUGAUAGAUAUAGAAGAGGGCACCAUGACUCUAAAAGUUUACGACGAAGAGUUGAAAAUUGAUGUGCGUAACACCAUGAAAUACAAAGAUGACGUGGCCACCAGUCAACACAUAGAGGUGAUUGAUCAAAUGGUUCUGCAAGAAAAUCCUUUAGGUGAACCACAAUUGCCCUUGGAGAGAGUUCUAAGUCUAUCAAUUUCUGAAGACACUCAAGAAGCUGAUGAAAAGGAGAGGGAAGUGUUAACUAUGAUGGCAACACAACCACUCUUUAAGGGAUCCCAAUCACUCCCAUGGGAAAACUUGAGGGAACCCCAGUUUAAGGAAAAGAAAGAUGAGACCAAGAAAGUGGUUGAGCUGAAACAAUUGCCUGAAAAUCUCAAGUAUGUUUUUCUAGAUUCUAAAAGGAGAUGCCCGGCUAUUAUAAGCUCUAAUCUAGAAGUUUCACAAGAAGACAAGCUCGUCAAGGUUCUGAAGAAGCACAAAAGUGUAAUGGGGUGGGCAUAG